AUGAACGGUUAUAAUCAAACUCCAUACCGGCUCGGACGUCGCCCGGGUAAACAAGGUCCGCGUCCUCUGCCGGAUAAUCAGGGCAGAGUCGAAAAAUUGGCAACUGGAAAAACAGAUGUGAUGACAAGAACAAAGGAUACGAAUAGAGGAACAGGAGUAACAACAAUAAAAACAAAUGAUGGUGCACAGAGGCUAAAAAUAACGAAAGAUAUAUUCACAGUUGGCACAUGGAAUGUACAAACUCUGUGGACAACAGGAAAGUUAGAAUUAUUAAGAAACGAAAUGAAACGUUUUAGAUUCGACGUUGUCGGCAUUUCUGAAGUACGGUGGACUGGAAAAGGCGAAACACCGAGGGGCGACUUCAUUUGGUCAGGCGAAAACACGACACACACGAAGGGUGUAGGGUUGUUACUUAGUACAAAAGCAAAAAAGGCAAUGAUAGGAUAUAAUCCGAUUAGUUCUCGAUUGAUUUCAGUCAGAUUUAAUGCAACACCAUUUAAAAUCACAGUAAUCCAUGUGUAUGCGCUAACAUCAGCAUCAUCAGAGGACGAAAUCGAAGCAUUCUAUGAAAAUAUCGAAAAGGAACUAUCACGAACUUCAAAAAAGGACCUAAUAAUAAUAACUGGAGAUUGGAACGCCAAAGUCGGCAGUGACAACACUAACUGGGAGAACACCAUGGGUAAAUAUGGUUACGGAGACAGAAAUGAACGAGGCGAACGAAUUCUCGAGUUCGCAGCAUUACACAAUUUCUACAUAUGUAACACUAGAUUCCAACAGAAACCAAACAGGAAAUGGACUUGGAUAUCACCAAAUGGUGUACAUAAAAACAUGAUUGACCUAAUAUUGAUUCAAAAACGAUGGAAAUCAUCGGUCAUGAACUGUCGAACAUUUCAAAGUGCAGAUAUAAGUUCCGAUCACUCACUUGUACUCUGUAACAUCAAACUAAGACUAAAACAAAGACAAAUCAAACCACAACAGAAUCAUAGAUUCGAGAUAAAUCAGUUAAAAAACCAGGCAACAAAGAAAUUAUAUCAAGAGAAACUGAAUGCCAAUCUACAAAGAAUCAUUGAAACGGACAGUAUUGACGAACAUGCCACAAAGAUCGAGAGGGCGAUCGAAGAGGCACUGCAAACGACUAUAACAACAACUAAGAGAGCCAAAAAUCCAUGGAUCUCGGAGCAAACGCUUAAUUUAGCAGACGAAAAACGUAGAGUAAAACAAAUAAAGAGUAUUUCGACACAAAAUGCAAAGUUAUACAAAGACUUGUGCAACAGAGUGCGAAAAUCGGCACGUCAAGAUAAAGAGAAAUGGAUUCGAGAUAAGUGCGAUGAAAUUGAAAAAGGUCUAAAUGUUGGAAACACCAGACAAGCGUAUAGUCUGAUAAAAACAUUGAAAAAGAAGUUCGUACCAAGAACAACCGCAAUAAAAAAUGAAGACGGUACGAUGGCACAGUCGAAGGACAACGUAAAAGAAAGAUGGACACAAUAUUGUAGUGAUUUAUAUAAAGACGACGGAGGUGGAGACGAGAUAGUCAGAGAGCUGGAAAACAUCUCACCUUCAUAUCAGGAUGACUCACAAGACAUCCUAUACUCAGAAGUGAAUCAAGCGAUACAAACACUAAAGAGCAAUAAAAGUCCAGGUUCAGACGGAAUUACGGCUGAAAUGAUCCAAGCAGGUGGUGAACAGCUGAUACAUCAGAUUCAUGCACUAUGUAACAAAGCAUGGAAUCAAGGUGCCAUACCAAAAGAAUGGGGAAAAUCAAUUCUAGUACCCAUUCCAAAAAAGGGAGACCUUAAUGAAUGUUCAAACUACAGAACAAUUUCUCUUAUCAAUCAUACGAGCAAGAUCCUAUUGAUAAUAUUGUUGAAUAGGCUAAAAUAUCGUCUAGAUCCAUACUUAGCAGAAGAACAAGCAGGAUUUAGAAAAGAUAGAAGUACAGUUCAACAAAUUCUAACAUUACGCCUACUUGCCGAAAAAGCAAAAAGACAGGGGAUUAAAAUAUAUAAUUGUUUUAUUGAUUUCCGAAAGGCCUUUGACACCAUCAAGCAUAAUAUCAUAUGGGCCGUUUUGAAAUCAUACGGAAUUGGAAACAAAAUACUAGCGUUGCUACAAAACAUAUACGAACAGGCACAAUCAGCAGUUCGAGUAGAUAAACAAAUUGGGGAAUGGUUCCACACGAGUGUGGGAACCAGACAAGGAGAUCCGUUAUCACCACUACUGUUCAUUACAUAUCUUGAAAGAGUUAUGGAUAAAGCGAUACAAACCGAUAGUGGAAUAAGUAUCAGUGGAACACUAGUAAACAAUCUCCGGUUUGCAGAUGAUAUUAACAUGAUCCAGGAAGAUCGAAAUAUGCUUCUCAAACAAACAGAACGCCUACAAACAGUAGCCACACAGGCAGGUCUAACCAUUAACACAGGAAAGACAAAAACACUCGUAUUUGGCGGUCCGAAUAUCGAACAACCGAUACAAAUAUCAGGAAACAUCUCAUUAAUCGUAUCAUACGCGUUCAUUCAUCAUGACUUCGGAAUUCACUAUGGUGUCAAACCGCUUGUACCGAAUGCAAUUGAGGGACAAUAA